AAAAAACUUGAUUUCAAAAUGUAAACAUAAACAAUAAAUUCAAGUGGGCCGCCAUUAGCCACGUGGUCAAUUUAAACCCUUAAAAGCAGGUUACGCGGGCUUGCGCGGGAACAUAUUCACAGAAUUUCGAAAGAAACGAGUCAGAAAUUGAGCAUCAUGUCUAAAAGAGCGUUUCCUUUCAACAGUUGCGCACCAUUGCAACUCAAGACUCACGUGGAAAACAAACAUGUGAACAAUGACGAAGCCAGCAUGCAGAAGAUUUAUGGUAAAGUAUACAUUUUUGUUGCAUUAUCAUAAUCAUUCUAAAUUGUUUAUUUUUAUAUAGUACAAAAUGCUUAGGAUAAAAGUAAAUUUUAAAGUAGGGGAAUAAAGUAAUCGAAUGAAUUAACUGGAAAUUACAAAUGCCAAAUAUGUUGAUUUCAUGGCAGCCAUCUUGGACUUGAAAUUCUGCACAUCCCCCCUGGAAAUUCAUAUCCAUGUGUAAGACUAAUAAUUGUCCAAGGGGGAAAACGGGGGGGUGUGUAAUGGUGCUCAUCCUGAAUCUACAAAUCUUGGUCACCAUAGAAAAGUUAGGAGUCACCCCAUGGAAAUUCACCACCUACCAUCCACCCAGGAAAUUGGUGCUACCAAGGGAGGGUUAACCUGUUUACUGACAGUACUCUACCACUGAAGAGUAAAUACUAAAGUAGGGCACAUUGCCAGUCAAUGGGUUAAUAAGAGACAUUAGCAGAUCGGUUUGUUAACCCAUUUACUGGUAGUACUCUACCACUGAUGAGUAAAAUCGUGUGGCGUUAGAAAGAGUAAAUACUAAAGUAGGGCGCAUUGCCAGUCAACGGGUUGAAAUAUUCUGAUUACAGUAACAUUUACCAGGACAUCCAUUGGAGGAGGGUUAAUUUCCCAUAUUCUCCAUAAGGAAGAGUGGCUUUUCUAUGCUUUUUUCUGAAAUCACCAAAUUCUUACUUUCCAGCUAAAACACAAAGUAUUCUGAAAGCUGGAGCCAAGGCUCAGAGUGAAAAAGCAUCAGCGGAGGAGAACAAUGUUCCGAGCACAAACAUUUGUGAGAACUGCAAGAAAACAAGUAAAUCAGUGCAGCUUGCAAGGUGUUCUUUUUGUGACAAGACAGUCUGCGUCUAUUGCUUUAACGUUUGCUACAAAUGCGAACAGAAUUUUUGCCCACUUUGUUCAGUUAUAAGGUAUUAUUUUUUUAUUCAUUGUUGGGUAGUUUGUUUUACCAUAAAACAUUAAUCUCAUUUUUCUACAAUUUCUAUAGUUACGAUGAUCGUGUGGAAAAAUCCUACUGUUUGUCAUGUAUUGGUUCAUAACUCCAAUAUAAAUAAUUUAUUUGAAUGUAAUAUGAAUAUAUGUAUAAAUAUUUAUUUAGGUAUAUUAUAAAUAUGUCAGAUACACUUGUAUCUAUAUAUCACUAUGUCAGUGAUAAUACAUGACCCUUUUUGUAAAUUUUGUAAAAAAAAAAUGAAAACAGUUUAUCAUUAAAACCUAUUUUGUUAUUUCAGCAUUCUGUUUAUUAAUGUGCCCCGGCAUCCUUUAAUCAUUGUAAAUAAUAAUAAUAAUACAUGUCAGUAAGUCAUAGACAUCUUGGACUCGAUAAUUUAAUAGCAAUAUUACAUUUAAAAAUAUAAAAAAAUCCAGAGAAAUUUGAACAAGUUUACAAUAUUUCAAUACAAACUGUGCAUCCAAAUUUAAAUAUAUAUAUAUAUAAGUUAACAACCUUUGCAUUCAUUUGCUGAGAACUAACAGUUACACUGUAUUGCAGUCAUCUUUUUUGUUCAUUCAUUGUGAAACGAAAUCACAUUUUAGUUGUUAUUUACAAGUAACAAAGUCUGUGUAUUAAUUUCAAUAUUGUAAAAUUAAGUGCAUUAAUUGGUUUCUGCCAUGAUUAGAGACGAAACAGUGAAGAAUGUCACACUGGCAUCGCUGCAAAAAGACUUCCUGUAGCGAUACUAUUACUCAUGCUUCUGUCCAGACGAGGUCUCUUUGGAUUCGGUGGUUCUGAUAACGACACGGAGCGUUGUAGUUUCUAUAGAAAAAAAGAAUGUUUUAAUAAAAAAUACACUGAAGCCUUUGGAUGUCAGUAAUCAGUCA